ACCCUCCUCCUCAGCCGUGGUCCCAUCUGAAUGAGCGGCUCACUUUGGAGCCGAUGGCGGGUGGCGGGGGGCGCGGGUGGAGCGGGGCGUCAGCCACGGAUUCUCGUUACUCGCCAUCUCCCAAGUGGCGGAAGUGGAUCGGUCCAUUCCACGCCCAAUUCAUGCUGUCAGAACACCCUCCGAUGGCGUCACAGCGUGUCCAUGAUGUCGACGGGGGGUGUGGGUCCGGAUUUGAGCCGACCCACCAUCUCGGCCACGGCCACCGAAGCUGAGCGGGUGGGUCUGCGCAAUGCCAGCGAGGAGCCGUUGCCCAGCUUGACCUUGCCCGAUCAAGCCCGGGUGGUGAUUUGCGGAGGUGGGGCUCAGGGGGCGGCCAUUGCCUACAAAUUGGCUCAACGCGGCCUGGGACCCGACACGGUGGUCAUUGACAAGGGUGAAUUUGGCGGUGGAACCACUUGGCACUCCUCCGGAUUGGUGGGCUUGCUCAAGUUCAGUCCGGUUGAGACGCGCUUGAGUCGGAUCUCGCGGGAUCUGUAUCACGAGCUCGAGGCCCAGGGUUACUACACGGGAUGGAAGCCCGUGGGCAGUUUGUACGUGGCUCAAACCAAAGAGCGGAUGCAUCAUUAUCGACGUCUCAAAUCCGAAGCCUCGGGGCGGGACGUGGACUGCCAGAUUCUGGGUCGGGAUGGGAUUGGCGCGUUGUGCCCGAUUAUCAAGCUGGAUGAUCUGGAGGGUGGGCUGUGGGUGCCCGGAGAUGGCGUGGCUAACCCGUUGGAGAUCUGUCUGGCCUUGACGCAAUUGGCCUCGCGUCAAGGAGUGAAAUUCGUGUCCAAUUGUGAAGUGGAGCGGGUGGAGGUCCAGAAUGGACAAGUCCAAGGGGUGACCACGAACCAGGGGUAUAUCCCGUGCGAUCACUUUGUGAAUACAGCGGGCUAUUGGUCCCGAUACGUGGGGACUCUCUCCUAUCCCCGGGUGCACGUGCCAUUGCAUCCGGCGGAGCACUAUUUCCUGCACACCAAGCCCGUGGCCAAUUUGCCGCCCAAUAACCCCGUUGUCAGAGAUCCCGAUAGUCACAUCUACUUCCGAGAAAACGAAGGCCGCUUCUUGGCCGGAGGAUUUGAACCCAAAGCCAAACCGGCCUUUGAGGAUGGUUUCCCGCUCGGAGGCCCCAGAGACCUGACUGUGGACUGGGAUCACUUUUACGUUCUACUCGAGGGGCUUCUCAAACGUGUUCCUUCCAUGGAAAAUGCCAUACUGGAUCGGCUCACCAACGGACCCGAGCCGUUUUCUCCCGAUGGUCAAUGGAUAUUAGGCCAAGCUCCCGAAGUCAAGCAAUAUUACGUGGCAGCCGCCAUGCGAUCGAUAGGAGUGGGUGCAGCCGGAGGUGUGGGCGAAGUGAUUGCAGAUUACAUCACCAAAGGGCGCACCCCAUUCGACAUGUACAACUUGGACAUCCAACGCUUCCUGCCCCUCCAUAAUAAUCGCAAAUUUCUCCGAGAUCGAGUGCGAGAAGUUCCCGGCCUCAUUUAUGCCAUACCCUAUCCAUUCUCCGAGUUCAAAACGGGUCGAGCUCUGAGAACCUCGCCUAUCUUCACCAAGUUAAAGGAGGCGGGUGCCCGGUUCAAUCAAGUCAUGGGUUACGAACGCCCCAUGUACUUUGAGAAGGAAUCGCUGGAACCGAAUUUCUUGGGCCUGGAGUACAUCAAAUCGGAUGGCGAACGAGAGCCCAAACCUGAGGAUACGCUCAAUAUCGCCAAAUCCAACACGUUCUACAAACCCAGUUGGUUUUCCAUCGUGGAGAAAGAGUUCAUUGCGGCGCGCGAGAAAGUCGCAUUGUGCGACUACACUUCCUUUGCCAAGAUGGAUAUCUGGUCCAGCAAUCUGGAGGUGGUGGACUACAUGCAAAAGCUCUGUUCCAAUGACGUCAAUAUUCCCAUCGGUAGCAUUAUUCACACGGGGAUGCAAAAUGAGGAGGGCGGCUUCGAGAACGAUUGCUCGGUGGCUCGAUUGGCGGAAAAUAGGUACAUGCUCAUGUCCCCAUCCAUUCAGCAGAUGAAGUCGUACUCGUGGAUGAAGAAGCAUCUACCCCUGGACAACUCAGUCUACCUGCAUGAUGUGACUUCCUUGUACACGUCACUCUGUCUCAUGGGCCCCAAGUCAUUGGGCGUGCUUGAGAAGAUCACGGACAUGCAGCUCGACAGCAAGGCUUUUCCGUUCUUCACCUUCAAAUAUCUGGACAUCGGAUGCGCGCCCGACAUCCUCACCAUGAACAUUACGCACACGGGUGAAUUGGGAUGCGUGUUCUACAUUCCCAACGAGUUUGCUCUCCAUGUCUUCGAGACGCUUUUCGAGGCGGGGCAAGAAUUUGGCAUUAAACAUCUCGGAUAUUACGCCAUGCGAGCCCUCCGAAUUGAGAAAUUCUACGCCUUCUGGGGACAAGAUCUGGACUCCAACUCCACACCCAAGGACUGCGGUCGAAACUACCGUGUCAAGAUCCAUUCAGAUAUCGAUUUCAUCGGCAAGGAAAGACUCGCUCAAAUGGAGAAAGAAGGCCGGAAAAAGAUCCUGGUCAUGUUACUGUUGGACCGAGCAGAGCACAACUACGAAGCGGACCCUUGGCCUUGGGGCAAUGAGCCCAUCUUCCGCAAUGGCCACUAUGUUGGCACUGUGACCACGGCCAGUUAUGGGUUUUCCUUGAAACGCCACGUGGCUCUGGGCUUCGUUCACAGACAAGACGAUCAAGAUGGAGUCACGGACGAGUGGGUCCGAUCGGGUGACUACGAGAUUGAGAUCGCAGGCACGCGUUAUCCUGCCAAAGUUCGACUCUCACCUCCCGUGUUACCUGCCCGAAUCGAGGCUGAGGGAUCGGAAAAACUUGAUCUGCCGAAGUGACCAUCGCGAACGUUUCUUUCGUUCAACGCGUCGCAACCAACUGAAUAAUCAAACGAUACGUGCGAGUUUUGAGUAGGAUAUUAUAUAGCACAUUGAAUUCCCUGACA